GUCCAGCGAGUUAGGCGGCGUCAAUUCCUCCGGGACCGUGGCUCUCAGGCCCCUCAAGGCGGGGCCGAACCCUCGAGAGCUGGGCCAGUCACUGCCUCUCCAGCCGUGGGGAGGCGCUCGCCCUGGGUCGCAGCCUCCGGGUCCAGACCUUGGCCCGGACACGCCGAAAACAGCUCAGACCCUCACAGACUUGGAUUCUGGUGACCGAAUCUACCGAUCCGAGCCCGCUGGGAAGCUCUGCGCAGGCGCGACAAUCGAGCGACAUCCGUCACUUACGGCCGGAGUGGUUCGUGCCGGGAGUCGGUGGCGCGGUGCUGGGCUCUUGAGAACAGACAGCUUGGGCUCGGGUAAAGAGCAAUCUUCCCUCCUUUUCCCAGUUAUUCUAGACUAGUAUCCGGGGACUGAUUUUCCGGGUCCACCAUGGAGCCAGAGCAGAUGCUGGAGGGACAGGCGCAGGUUGCAGAGAAUCCUCAUUCUGAGUACGGUUUGACAGACAACGUUGAGAGGAUAGUAGAAAAUGAGAAGAUUAAUGCAGAAAAGUCAUCAAAACAGAAGGUGGAUCUACAGUCUUUGCCAACUCGUGCCUACCUGGAUCAGACAGUUGUGCCUAUCUUGUUACAGGGACUUGCUGUGCUCGCAAAGGAAAGGACCUUGUGCUUGCGAGUUAGGCGCGGUGCCACUGAGCUACAUCCCCGGCCCUUGGUUUUGAUUGUUAUAUUUGUACAGUAAGAUUUGUGACUGUGAAAUACAUCUUGAUUCUACCACUGAGAAUUAAAAUACCACCAAAUCCCAUUGAAUUUCUAGCAUCUUAUCUUUUAAAAAACAAGGCACAAUUUGAAGAUCGAAACUGACUUACUGGAAGAACAGAAAAGUUUGGUUGCUACUGUAGAUUUAUAUGAUUAACAGGCAACUUUAAUUGCCAUAAUUUUUUCUCCUUUUUGGAAUUAUAAGAACCUUCAGGACAAAAAAAAUUAUUUCUGGAAUUGCUGAAGAGAACAUAUUUCCCCCUAUUUUGAUUUAAUUGCCAUACUUAUUUAAUGAGCAAUUUCUGUGUAGUUUUUUUUCUCAGAUUGUCUUUAACUUUGUUUUUAAAAUGACCUUCAAAAUAAAUUGUCAAAAUGCCAGUA